CAAGUUCAGAGAACACAAAAGAGAUAUUCUACCUACUUUUAAUAUGUGUACAAUAUUUACACUAGGAAAAAACAUGAAUAAUGUUUUACUUGCUUUAGGUGUUGGGAUCCACAUUCGCAGGCAGCUGUUCAUUGUAAGUGACAGCAAUGAAACUGUACAGCAAAUCUCAUUAUCAGCGGACACCGUGAGGAAAAACAUGUAUCCCAGCAUCCUCAAGCCAACAGUCAUCAGUGUUGAUUGGCUGAAUGAUCGGGUUUAUAUUCUCAGUAGAAAUCGGAUAUUUGGGUGUCCACUUGCCCGAGAUGAUUGUAUAGUGGUUGUUGACAGCUUGCCAGUGCCCCCUGGUGACCUAAAGGUGGAUCCUGUGAACGGAUUUCUUUAUUUCACCCAAGACGGAGAGGGCAAAGGUUUAUAUCGUAUUGAUCUUGCAGACAUAAGUCCGAAGCGACGUGUUCAACCAACCCAAAUUGUUACUAUCAACCAUCUGAAAGCUUUCAUGAUUGACUUUGAGACAGUCCGUCUCUAUUUCCCCAACCACACAAGGAACACCAUGCUAUCCUCCUUCGUAGAUGGGUCCGAUAUUCAGGAUAUUCGACCCAAUGUGAUUAUGCCAAACUAUAAACACAUCAUCAGUCUCACGGGCUACGAUAAUCGUUUCUACUGGACCAAUGGCUCAGAGAUGAUGAGUGAAGAAUUUGAUCCGAGAUUUGAAAAGUAUCGACAUAAUGAGCUGCUGUUCUUCGACAAGUACUACAGAGGACUGAACAUGUACCACCCCAGGAUGCAGCCAACACCAGUUCCUCAUGCAGCACCUAUGAACCUCCAAGCUUUAUUUGAACCAACAGAAGCACACAUUAAAUGGGACCCACCGCCAUUGCUGCAAUAUCAAGGUGAGUAA